CGAAAGUUUACGGAAAUUGACGAACGUUAAUAAGAAAGAACAGCCAUUGGAAACGAUUUCGGACUAACAUCGCCGCUUUCGAGGGUUAAAUUGUCCUUUUUAGGUUGUUUUAUUUGUGUUUUUAAUGUUGCUUUACGUCGUUUGACAGAUAGGACAUUGGUUUUCCUGUUAACGAAGUCGCGUUUAUGACCACAGCUGUUUUGAUGUUAUAUUUUCUCCCCACGGAAACGUACUGUGUGAUCAAAUAUCGGCCGCCAUUCCGUUGAAUAAAUGACGACAAAAAACAUUCUUAAUGAACGGAAUAGCCCCCACUUAGCUGUUUCCAAACCAUGAGUGGGCGCCCUAGGACGACAUCAUUUGCUGACGGAGGUAAAGCUGGUGGAUCUGCUCCUUUUGGUGGAAUGAAAACGAUAAACAAAGACGGUAGCAAGGUCACCACAGUCCUGGCGACUGCAGGGCAGGGCAAUGAUCGCCCGAUGGAGGUGUCGUACACAGAUGCCAAAGUCAUUGGAAAUGGUUCCUUUGGUGUUGUGUACCAAGCCAAGCUGGUGGAAUCCGGUGAUCUUGUUGCAAUCAAGAAAGUGUUGCAAGACAAGCGUUUUAAAAACAGAGAAUUACAGAUAAUGAGGAAGUUGGAACAUCACAACAUAGUCAAAUUGAAGUAUUUCUUCUACUCUGCUGGAGAAAAGAAAGAUGAAGUGUUCCUGAAUCUUGUUUUGGAAUGUGUCCCAGAGAAUUUAUAUAGGGUUGCUCGACAUUACAGUAAAAAUAAGCAAAUAAUUCCCAUACUGUACAUUAAGCUUUACAUGUAUCAGCUGUUCAGGAGCCUUGCCUACAUUCACUCCCAGGGGGUGUGUCAUCGUGACAUUAAACCACAAAAUCUCCUUCUCGACCCAGAGACAGGGGUGCUGAAACUCUGUGAUUUUGGCAGUGCCAAAGUGUUGGUUCGUGGUGAACCAAAUGUUUCCUACAUCUGUUCACGUUACUACAGAGCACCAGAACUUAUAUUUGGUGCUACUGAUUACACCUGUCAAAUCGAUGUCUGGUCAGCUGGCUGCGUUUUAGCAGAGCUCCUGUUGGGACAGCCCAUGUUCCCAGGUGACAGUGGCGUCGACCAGCUCGUAGAAAUCAUCAAGGUCCUAGGGACGCCCACGCGUGAACAAAUCAGGGAGAUGAAUCCAAACUACUCAGAAUUCAAGUUCCCACAGAUCAAAGCACAUCCAUGGACAAAGGUGUUCAGGCCACGCACACCGCCAGAGGCUAUACAAGUGGUGAGCCGGCUACUGGAGUAUAUCCCUUCAGCCCGUAUCUCGCCCUUGGAAGCCUGCGCUCAUGCUUUCUUUGACGAGUUGAGGGACCCCAACUCAAGACUGCCCAGUGGCAGAGAACUGCCAGUUCUUUUUAACUUUUCUCCACAAGAGUUAUUAAUUGCACCCCAUCUGAAUGGAACCUUGAUACCUCCGCAUGCACGAACGUCGGGUACUGAAGCUCAAACUCGUAACUCCCCUGGGCAGAGUCAGGACUCCACAAACAAUGCCAACUCCACCGGUGAUGUGAACACUUCCCAGGGGGCCACAGCUGCCGGUGGGAACGCGUGAGAAUGCAGUCACGCUGCUAGGCUAUUUCCAUGUUUCCUGUACCUUGUAUUUAUUUUAAUUCACCCUGUGCGGACGGCCGAGUGCUUUGAGAUUUGAAAAUAAAAGUUCUCUACAGAUUAAUUGUGGGCACUUGCAUAUUUUAAAAAAGAAACAACAAAGCUUGCAGUAGUCAAGGCAAAAGUGCAAGAAAUGGCUAGCAAAACGGGACUCGACAUGCAAGUUCUGCAACAAUUAUUGUUGACUAUGGUGUUAACAUAGAUGGAAAGGCUUUUGCAUGCAGUUUUAAAAUGUUUUUUGCAUGGAAUGUUUUAUAUGGUUAAACCUUUUGGCUGAACAUUGUGUUUACAAUGCUGUUUAAUGCUGGUGAUGGCAACACUGCUCUCAGUGACUCGUGUAAUAAUUGCCAGCAUCAAAGUUAGCAAAUCAACCUGCGAGACUGUCCUGUGAUAGACAUGCCAGUGUUGCAAACAUUCAAUCACUUCCGGUUGGAAAAGAUAACCAUGUUUGUCAUAUGAAAACGCGUGUUCUGAAACAGGAACAAUAUGUUCUGCAGCGCGUGCUAUACCGCCUGGAAACUUAAGUCAUUUUGCACAUAGUAGCCACACAUAUUGUGAUGAAUUUGUUUUCUACAUUGUAUUCAUUUCAUAUCUGGUUAAAGGGCUUUAAAACGGGCCCUUUGAUUAUAUUGUAUGUGUUUUAUUAUUUUUACUUUCAUGUAGGCUUAGUGUUCAUUCUGGACCCUGUCUUUGCUGAUUUCCCACACCAAAAAUUAUUGUAAGACAUGACAAUAUUUGUAGCUGUAUUUGUUUUAGAUAUUGAAUACUUUGUGAUAGUUGUCUACAGCACUGAAGCAUGUUCUUAUCAAAUUCAGAAAGAUAGGUAAGAGACAUAUGUGAGCUUGUCAUGUGAUCAAAAUGAGUGACUUAAAGCUUUAAACUCAAGUUUGUAACAUGUGUAGGUCACAUAACAUGUGUCAAUGGCAUUAUUCAAAUAUGAUAAUUGUUUCUUCAAAUGUCACCUUUGACAUCGUCCUUCAUUGAAAGGUCAUAAGACCUCUGUAAUUAAGUCCAGAAUGAACAUUUGACUUCUUUGCAAAGCAGGAUAUAACAUAUAACAUAUACUUUAAUAUUGGUUUAAAAGUCAUUUUUGUUCUAGAAAUUUGUUCCUCGUGAAAAUAGUUUUCUGAUAACAGCAUCAUUACUAAACUCCUUUGGAUAAUAUAACUGUUUAAAGAUUAAUAACUGAAGAAUUGUGAUAUAUAUUUUUCUUCAAUGCAUAAAUUGUAAGUUUACUACAUGUUUAUUGGACUACAAGUUUUUAUGAACCCAUGGUUCAUCUAAAAUUAAGAAGUCAUACUCACGAAAUGUUGAUAUAAGGCCUUUCAUACUAGGCCUGUAGAUACCUUUUAAUUGUUCAGGUAGUGCUUAUAUGAUUAUCCAGGUCAUUCAUCAUGACCUUGCUCUUUGUGAAUAAUUAUUGUAUUUUAAAUGAUUUGGCAGUUUAUUAUUACAUUCAAACUGUUCAGAAGUAAACAUAUAAUUUAUUGCCGGUACACAUGUAUUAAAGUUUGAGCACAUUAGAUAGAAAUGACAUGUUUUUAGUGUAGGAGAUAAUAAUGAGGUAUGUCUGUAUUCCUGGAAGGUUUUAAUAACGUUCCUAGUUAUCAGAUGUAUUGUGAACGAGUAUUAAUAUAUUAUGUGUACGCUAACCAGAUGUCCCAGACAUUGUAUAUUCAUUUAGGCUGGAAGUUGUAUAACUGUAUGCAUGCUAUACAUAUAUUAGUAUAUAACAUAAACAAUCAAAAUAUCAUAGUUCUUUUUUGUAUCCAGACAUUUUUAUAGGAAUUGCAAACUUAAUUUGGUAUUAAAAACAUUUACUGGUUGUAUUUAUUUUCUUAAAAGAUAUUAUCAUAAACAGAGGUGUCAAUUUUCAGGAUUAUUCCUGAAUUCAGGAUUUAAGCCCUCAAGGAAAUUUUUUGAUAUUGAUAUAAAACAGAGGAUUGUUUUGGUUAUUUUAAGCAUUCUUGUCACAAAAUGUCAUCUUCAACACAAAUUAUUGUUCUUUGGCAUAUUGUUUACAAAGGAAACAUAAUUUAAUGAAUAAUUAAAACUCUUGUGACUCCGUCCCCCAAAUUCUAGGAUGAUUUUCAGGAUUUAAGAUUUAGGCCAAUUGACACCCCUGAUAAAUAAAGAACUUAUUUGUGCCCUGAACAUUCUACAUGGGAGGUUUAUGUUUUAUACUCAACAAUGCAUAAAGUAACUUAAGGCAUCAUUGUCGAACUGACUUAAAUAUGUGUGUAAAUAUUCUGUAGAAAGCCUUUCUCUACAAGACAAGCAGAAUCGAAUAAAAAUGAUGUUGUAUUGACCACAUAUAUGUGGUUUUCUUAAUACAUUAGCACACUAUUGUAGUUUUUGCAACACAGUUUAUUUAGUGUUAGUUCCAACCAUCAAAGAAUUUAAGCAAAGGAAUCUAGUUUUCAGAUAAUGAAGGAUCAAUCCGUUUGUUUAUUUAAAGGGUUUGUUGUUCUUAAUACACAGUUUUUGCUAUCUUUUGUUUCUCAGCAGUCAAUUUUACAUGAUGGUAGUAAAUGGUAAAAUAUGCCAAUUAAUAUCUCUGAUAGCACCAGAUGUUUUACUUAUUUGAAUAGAUGUAUUUGAAGUAGGUUUGAACUUUUUACUACUUUUAAAUUGCCAUAAACAGGCAGCGUUUAACGAUUACAGUAAUUAUUUAGAUGGUUGCAAGAAAUAUUGAAUGUUCGGAAUUUUGAUUUUAUAUUUUAAAAUGUCCAUAGAUGAUGCUGUGUUAUACAGGCCUCAUUGAAUGUCUUGUACUAUUGUUAGUUUCUGUCAUGGAUUUUAAUUAUCUAGUGUUACCUUGUUGAAUGCUGUUGUCUAUUCAUUAUGUUUAUUGUAUAACAUGUUUUCUGAUGGAUGUUGGUCAUGUGUUUUAUACAAGAACAUUUUACAUGGUUAUGUGGUUAUAUAAGGUUAAUAAUGUUCUGUUGAAGAUUUUUAUUCUGCCCUUACUGCCAUUAAUUUUAAAAUCUGAAUCUUCAUCUGUGUUCCCUUUUCAGACAUCAAAUUGCUCAGCACAAUUUUACUUUAUUUGACAUAUUGGUAAGAUUUUCAACCUUUCAAUUUUCCUGUUUUAUGUGUUUUUAGUAUGUCUGCAACAACCAUAUCCAUUUUCAAUUGUGUAAAAUUGAUAAUACUGAUUUCCAUAUGCACUGAGACUUGAUUCAAAAUCUGAAUUUCUGUUCUAUUCCUGUAUUGUAAAAAUAGAGCCGAUACAGCACACUGGAUGAUAUGAUCUGAGAUUUCUAACCCACACCUACAUCGAUCUGUUUGAGAAAAACACAGACAGUAUACAAUUGUUCUGAAAUAAAAUGAAAAUGAAAUUAUUGAAAUGUAAAUACAAAUGAGUAUUAUGGUAUUCUGGUAAUUAUUUUUCAUAGAAAAUGAUUGUUGGUGAAUGGAUACAAGUGUGCAUGUGUCCGUACGUAUCAUGUUGCAAGCUACUGGCAUGUUGUAUUUUGUUCUGCUGUGAGUUAGGCAUACAUUGUGUUAGAGUUAAUUGAAGCUUCAUAAGUGAAGGUUUGUAAAGAAUGAAAAAAGAAGCUUAAAGAGACAUUGUGUACCUGGAUUCAUUUAUUGUUGCAUGCAUGUGAAGCAAAACAUAAAACUUGGCAAAUUUUGUUUUAAACAUACUGUGUAUGUUUAAGUAAUCUGGGGUUAUGUGUCAUUAAGCCAUAAUAUCUCUCCAUGGACAUGUGUACAAACAAAGCUUUAUAAAUACUGCAUAGUGUGUUUGCCUGGAUAUUACUGAGAUUCGUGUAAAUCGGGCAACUCCACACAUAUUUACUCAAUCAAUUAUUCAUUUUUUUUUAUACCACAUCUGAGCACACUGUGCCCAUGUUUAGCUUUUGUGAUUGCCUUUUUAACCAUCAAUCAAUUAUCAUCAUACAUUGUUGUCAGGAUGUUUGUCCCAUUGAUAUUUUAAACAAGUUCUAAAGCGGUCCACAUGGGGUCAAAAACUAGUUUUGUAGGUUAAAUGAAAGAAAAAGCGUCUGAACUCUCUAGAUAUCACAUUUAUUGCAGAAUCUUCACAAAACUUGUCCAGAAUAUUUGUCCCAUUUAUAUCUCAACCAAGUUCAUUACUGUGUCUUGUGCUGUCAACAACUGUGUCACUUGGUCAAAUAAAAUAAAACGUUUUGAACACUCUUGAGUCAACAUUUAUUUCCCAUUAUUCAUUAUUCUUGAUUUGUUUAUUUUUUUCAGUGUGUAACAUUUGAAUCCAGUACAUUGAAAAACAGUUCUACGAUGCGGACGGCAGUUUUCCAUGUCUAGCUGUAGUAAAAUUGCUUGAACACUCUAGAAAUCAAAUUCUUCCAACUCAUCAUGAAACUUGCUAAGAAGGGGCCUUUUCACACAUUACGGCAUGUAGUGAAGUUGUCAUUAAAUGCUUUAUAUUGAUAAAUGUGAACAUUAGAUCUAAAAAGCUCAAGUUAAAACAAAGAAUGAAAUUGAAGAAAGAAAAAAAGUAACCCUUAACUGGGCUCGAACCAUUGACCCCUGGAGUAAAAGUCUAUCGCUUAGACCACUUGGCCAUCCAGGCUUAUACCAUGAGGGAUGUAUUUUAUACUUUAUAUAUGCAAUCCUCAUAGUAUCACAAAAUAUAACAACAAAAACAAAACUCCAAAAUAUCCAAUCGUUUCGCGUUGCAACGCUUUAUAAUUUUCAGGUUUUUAAAUUGUCAAAAGAUGCAUAAAAUGAACAACGAAAAUUUGCGAAUCUUAAACAUUUUUUUUUUCAAUUUUGUCUAUUUACCAAAACGUGAAAAGGCCCCAUUAAAACAAUCUGCUGUUAUAUCUGGAAUGAGUUAUAAAUGAUAUUGGUUUGUGAAGAGGUGUUUUGGCAGUUUUCCUAAGGGUCUCGGGUGAGUACCUUAGGCGACCUGUGGACCUUUUGUUUUCUUUUCACAGUAAGCCUCUGUGUUUUGCCAAUGAAUAUGUGGAUAUAAAGUCAGUGUUUAUUCUCAUAAAGACUAUGAAAGCAUUAAAGUUUUAUUUGCUAACAUGUCAUAUUACAAUAAUAGCUCAACAUGUCUCAGCUUUAUGGUUGUUAGGAUAUGAACAUUGCCUGGUCUUACAUGUAUCAAACACUUUCCAUCACGGUAAAUGGCACUUGGUCAGUCAUUUUAGUUUACUAGGAUUUUGUAUUAUAGUUAUAUUGUAUUGUUUUGAAUGCAUGGUAUUCAUAUAUCAUAUGAAAUAUGUGUAUGGUGUUUUAUUUUUUAUCGAGGCAUUUAAUAAAACGUUUCCAUCCUAUCUGUAUGAGACUGUCUGUUUUUAUUUAUUUUUAUUUUUUUUUCACAUCCUUGCAUAAUCAGACUUAAUAUUUACACUUGUUUCUUAAACAAACUCUGGAAUUAUCCAUGUUAUUUUUGUGCCAAAUUAUUUUUGUCUGUUGGCAUUCAUUUUCAAGCAGUAUUUCUUUGAUUUAAAUUUUCUAAAAAGAAAAAGAGCAGUCAUUGAUACAUAUUCCCUCUUACAAUGUAUUGUUAAUUUACUUCAAAGGUCACAGAAUUGGUUACAAAGAAUCUUAAUAGAUGACUUUAUUUAAAUAUUUGUAUAACGUAUUUAAUCUUGUUGCAUUAAACAUAAGGGUGUGUUUGUUGUGUGGCAUGCAUCUGAGAGACAAGAUGCGUACUGGGAUUGUCAAAGUUUGUCUAGUGGACAUCAUUUCUCAUGAAUAUAAGGUGGCAUGACAGUGAAUAUACCCGAAUACUAGAUGCUAGGUACAAAUAUGUGAGUAGAUGUAUAUAAACAUGUGAUAUGAUGUGUCUCAUUUGUUUUUAAUCAUUGUAAACUUAAAAAUAAUAAUUCACGAUACUUUU